ACUACUGCCAUGAAGGUAACAGAGUUGAAGGUCUGCAUCUCCUGCGAGAAAUGCAAGACUCAGAUACUGAAAGCAGUCACAAAACUUGAAGGUAUUGUAGAAGUAUCUGUGGAUGAACAGAAGGGGAUACUGAAGGUGGUUGGGGACGUUGAUCCAAUUCAAGUAGCAAAGCAAGUGAGGAAGACUGGGAAGACCGCAGUUUUCGGCAGUGUUAGUGAACCAAAGCCUGCAAAUCCUUCUCCAGAGAAGCCUAAGCCUGCAAAUCCUCCUCCAGCUCCUCUGCCUUCUUGUUGCAGUGCCUGCUGCCGCCUUGUCGAGAUAAUAGAAUUGAAGGUCUGCAUCGCCUGCCAGAAAUGCAAGACUCAGAUACUGAAAGCAGUCGCAAAACUUGAAGGUAUUGUAGAAGUAUCUGUGGAUGAACAGAAGGGGACACUGAUCCAAUUAUCAGGUUGGGGACGUUGAUCCAAUUCAAGUAGCAAAGCAAGUGAGGAAGACUGGGAAGACCGCAGUUUUCGGCAGUGUUUAGCGAAUCAAAGCCAAAGCCGGAGCCUGCAAAUCCUCCCAAGAAGAAUCCUCCAGAGAAGAAGCAGCCUGAGCCUGGAAAUCCUCCUCCAGCUCCUCUGCCUCCUUAUUGCAGUCCCUGCCACCUUGUCGAGGUGCGCUAUGAGCCAUAUGGUGGCCCCUACUGCUCCGUUCUGUGAGAGAAAGCCAUGCAACUGCUAGCAGGAUCUGUUGAUUCGGCCAAGAGAUUCCAUGCUAGAUCUUCUGCAAACAGUUAAUUUAUCAUCAUUCUGUAGAACUAAAUAAGAUGGCACCUAGCUGCUUGUGAGUUCAGUUGAGAAGAGAAAAUUGGUAAUUGUUGAAACACUGGAAUUUUUUUUUGGGCUGUAAUUGAAAAAUUUGUAAUUAAAAAUAAAUUUAUAAUCUUAAAAUCAAUGAGAUAUUCAAGAAAAAAUGACAAAAAUUGAGAAAAGAAAUUAGAAACAAUGGAGAGAGAGAACGUAAAAAUUGAGAAGACAAAAUGUUGUAAAUUGAUUGUUGGACUAGGUGUUUGUAAAAAUUUAAAUUGAAAGUUAAAUUUUAUUUUGGGCUCAAUUUUUUAAUAAAAUAUUUAUUAUUAAAAAGAAAAUAAUAAAAAUAUAUAAA